AUGAACAUGGAAAAUGUGCAAAAUACAUCUCUACCCUCCUCCUUCUUGCUGCUGGGCAUCCCAGGACUUGAAGCUCUUCACAUCUGGAUCGGUUUUCCGUUUUGUGCUGUAUACAUGAUUGCACUGAUAGGCAACUUCACCAUUCUCUUGGUGAUCAAGACAGACAACAGCCUACACCAGCCCAUGUUCUACUUCCUGGCCAUGUUGGCUACCAUCGACUUGGGACUCUCCACAGCCACCAUCCCUAAGAUGCUGGGGAUCUUCUGGUUCAGUCUCAGAGAGAUUAUCUUUGGUGCCUGCCUUAUGCAGAUGUUCUUCAUCCACAAUUUCACUGCCAUGGAGUCCACAGUCCUCCUGGCCAUGGCCUAUGAUCGCUAUGUGGCCAUCUGCAACCCCCUUCGAUAUAGCACCGUCCUCACCAACAAGGUUGUUUCUAUGAUUGGUCUUGGUGUGUUAGUGAGGUCAUUUAUUACUGUUAUUCCAUUUGUGUUUCUGAUACUACGAUUGCCCUUCUGUGGGAAUCAUGUCAUUCCCCAUACCUACUGUGAGCACAUGGGACUUGCUCGUCUCUCUUGUGCUAGCAUUAAGAUCAACAUUAUUUAUGGUUUAUGUGCUAUUGGAAAUCUUGUGUUUGACAUUAUUGCCAUUGCUCUUUCUUAUGUUCAUAUUCUCCGUGCUGUUUUCCGUCUUCCUUCCCGAGAAGCCCGACUCAAGUCCCUCAGUACAUGUGGGUCUCAUGUUUGUGUAAUCCUUGCGUUCUAUACACCAGCUCUCUUUUCUUUUAUGACACACCGUUUUGGCAGGAAUGUUCCCCGUUAUAUCCACAUACUUUUGGCCAACUUUUAUGUUGUAGUGCCACCAAUGCUCAAUCCUGUCAUAUAUGGAGUCAGAACCAAGCAGAUCUAUGAUGGUGUGAAGAAGUUAUUACUGCAUAAACUAGGAAUGGAAAAGGGAUAA